CUGACCAUUACUCACCACUCCGAGACGUGCUCUUGCAGUCGUCGUCGUCACAACAAAAGCAGCUAGCUAGCUCUCAUCGCUAUCGCUAUCACAGCAGCGCGUCUGUGCCACACUACUACUACUACGCCCCUCUUUCCCGGCCCCACCCAUAGCCGCGACAGCAGUAGUCGUAGCGAGCUCCAGCUCCAAAUCUUCUUCUUCUUCUUAGUCCUCCCAUCCCCCACCCCUCAUGUCCCUCGCCAUCCUGUCCCGCCGCGCGCUCCGUGCACCAGCGCUCCGCACGCGCGCGUUCCACAUCUCGGCGGUCCGCGCCAACCCCCACCCCACGCGCCCAGUCGGCCACUCGACGACGGCGACCCAGCCCCACCCCAACCCGCCGUCCAAGUCGUACUCGCCCUCGACGAGCUCAAUCUUCACCCCGCUCGACACGUUCACGCCGCGCCACGUCGGCCCCCGCGAGCGCGAUGUCGAGGACAUGCUCGCCACGCUCGGAUACAAGACGCUCGACGACUUUGUCGCGUCCACCAUCCCCCAGGGCGUCCGCACAAAGGAGUUUGACUCGACCGACAUUGAGCCAUACUCUGAGCUCGAGCUCAGACGCCGCGUCGAGGAGAUUGCCGGCCUGAACAAGCCGCUCAAGAGCUACAUUGGCAUGGGCUACCACAACGCCAUCGUCCCCCCCGUUGUCCAGCGCAACGUCUUCGAGAACCCAGGAUGGUACACCGCCUACACCCCCUACUCGCCCGAGCAGUCGCAGGGCCGUCUCGAGUCGCUCAUCAACUUCCAGACUGUGGCUAUCCAGCUCACUGGUCUCCCCAUCGCCAACGCCUCGCUCCUUGACGAGGCCACCGCCGCCGCCGAGGCCAUGGCCAUGUGCGUCGCUGGUGUCCCCAAGAACAAGUUCUCCAAGGGCAAGAACGUCUUCCUCGUCUCGCCUACCGUUGCGCCCCAGACCAUUGCCGUCCUCGGCACACGUGCCACUGGCUUUGGCGUCGACCUCAAGAUUGCCGAGAGCAACGAGGGCUUCGCUGCCGAGGUUGACAAGCUCGGUGACAAGCUCAUCGGCACCCUUGUUCAGUACCCCGACGUCAACGGUGAGAUUGUCGACUGGUCUGGUGUCGCCCAGAAGGUGAAGGGCCUCGACGCCAAGGUCGUCGUCGCUUCCGACCUCCUCGCCCUUACCAUGCUCAAGCCUCCGGGAGAGUGGGGUGCCGACAUUGUUCUCGGCAACUCGCAGCGCUUUGGUGUUCCUCUCGGCUACGGUGGCCCCCACGCCGCCUUCUUCGCCGUCUCGGACGAGCUCAAGCGCAAGAUGCCCGGCCGUAUCGUCGGUCUCUCCAAGGACACGAGCGGUGCCCCCGCCUACCGUCUUGCCCUCCAGACCCGUGAGCAGCACAUUCGUCGUGAGAAGGCCACCUCGAACGUCUGCACGGCUCAGGCUCUCCUCGCCAACAUGGCUGCCAUGUACGCCGUGUACCACGGCCCCGAGGGCCUCCGCAAGAUUGCCGGCAAGGUCCACGGCCUCACCCGCGUCCUCUCUGAGGCUCUUGGCAAGCUCGGUUUCACCACCGUGAACAAGACCUUCUUCGACACCCUCACGAUUGACGUCUCGACCGCUGGUGUCACUGCUGCCGAUGUCCACAAGGCCUCGGUCGCCGCGGGCAUCAACUUCCGUCACAUUGACGACAAGACGAUUGGUAUCACCCUCGACGAGUCGGUUGGCCCUCUCGACCUUACCGACAUUGCCAACGUCUUCUACCGCGUCAAGGGCCAGGCCGAGAUUGAGCCUGCCGUCCUCGACGAGCUCUCGCGCGGCCUCUCGCUCAACGCCGAGGCCGCCUCGACCCUCCCCAUUGCCGGCAACCUCGCCCGUACCACCCCCUUCCUCACCCAGCCCGUCUUCAACAAGCACCACUCCGAGUCGGACAUGCUCCGCUACAUGAUGCACCUCCAGCAGAAGGACUACUCGCUCGUCCACGGCAUGAUCCCUCUCGGCUCGUGCACCAUGAAGCUCAACUCGACCAGCUCGAUGGUCCCUCUGUCGUGGAAGGAGUUUGGCGGCGUCCACCCCUUCGCCCCCGUCGACCAGGCCGAGGGUUACGCCACCAUGCUCAACGAGCUUGAGCGUGACCUUUCGCUCGUCACUGGCUACGACGCCACCUCGGUUCAGCCCAACUCGGGUGCCUCGGGCGAGUACGCCGGUCUCAAGGUCAUCCAGGCCUACCACGAGUCCAACGGCCAGGGCCACCGUGACGUCUGUCUCAUCCCCCUCUCGGCCCACGGCACCAACCCCGCCUCGGCUGCCAUGAUCGGCUACAAGGUCGUCCCCGUCAAGGCCCUCGACGACGGCUCGCUCGACCUUGCCGACCUCAAGGCCAAGGCCGAGAAGCACAAGGACAACCUUGCCGCCUUCAUGGUCACCUACCCCUCGACUUUCGGUGUCUUCGAGGAGGGCAUCGAGGAGGCCAACAAGAUUGUCCACGACAACGGUGGCCAGGUCUACGUUGACGGCGCCAACUGCAACGCCCUCAUCGGUCUCACCUCGCCCGGCCACGUUGGUGGUGACGUCUCGCACACCAACCUCCACAAGACCUUCUCCAUCCCCCACGGUGGCGGUGGACCCGGUGUUGGCCCCAUCUCGGUCAAGAAGCACCUCGCUCCCUUCCUCCCCGGCCACCCUCUCGUCAAGACUGGUGGUGAGAAGGCCGUUACGGCCGUCUCGGCCGCUCCCUUCGGCUCGGCCUCGAUCAACCUCAUCUCGUGGGCUUACAUCAAGAUGCUCGGCGGUGUCGGUCUCACCGACUCGUCCAAGAUUGCGCUCCUCAACGCCAACUACAUUGCUGAGCGUCUCCGCCCCUACUACAACAUCCGUUUCCACAACAAGAACGGCCGUGUUGCCCACGAGCUCCUGAUUGACCUUGCCGAGUUUGAGAAGACUGCCGGCCUCCGCGUCCCCGACUUCUCCAAGCGUCUCCAGGACUACUCGUUCCACCCCCCUACCGCUCAGUGGCCCAUCUCGACUUGCUGGCUCAUUGAGCCCACCGAGUCGGAGCCCAAGCACGAGCUCGACCGCUUCAUCAACGCCCUCAUCGAGAUCCGCAAGGAGGCCGACGAGAUUGUUGCCGGCAAGCAGUCCAAGGAGGACAACGUCUUCAAGAACGCUCCCCACCCGCUCUCGGUCAUCACCGCCGGCGAGUGGAACAAGCCCUACUCGCGUGAGAAGGCCGCCUUCCCCGUCGCCUCGCUCAAGGCGUCCAAGUUCUGGCCCACUGUCGGCCGUGUCGACGACGCCGCCGGUGACCUCAACCUCAUCUGCGAGUGUGGUUCGGUCGACGACUACGCUUAAGCGUGGUACAUGCGUCUUUUUUUCGGUUUCAUUUCCCCCCGUGGCCUGGCGAGCGAGGAAGAGCUCCUCGCCGCCGUGUAGAGUCGGCAUUUUAAUCAUCGGAAUACCCAGUGUUCGUUCAACACAUACCCCUUGUCAUUUGUGCAUCGUGCAGAGCUCAACCCUGCCUCAUCAAAUAGUGUUAUAACAUCAGAAAUCAAUGCAGUCG